AUGGGUAGUAAGAAACCAAUUAAAGCAUUACCAAGGCCACGACUUGCUUGUGCAAGAUUUCUUUUUGAUUUAACAACCAACCAAAAAUUUGAUAUAUUUAUAAUGAUAUGUAUUUUUCUUAAUAUGGUUUGCAUGUGUCUGGAACAUUAUAAUCAAAGUCAUACUUUCGAGCUUGUUCUUGGAUAUAUUAAUCAUUUCUUCGUUGCAAUAUUUACUAUUGAAUGUUUGAUGAAAUUAAUUGCAUUGAAUUUUAAAUAUUUUACUAUUCCAUGGAAUGUAUUUGAUUUUAUCAUUGUGAUUGGAUCAAUUCUUGGACAAACAUUAGGAGAAAUUAUGGUAAAAUUUUUUGUUAAUCCAACAUUAUUACGUAUUGUUCGUGUUGCACGUGUUGGAAGAAUAUUACGUCUUGUAAAAGGAGCAAAAGGUAUUCGAACAUUACUGUUUGCAUUAGCUGUUUCAAUGCCAGCUUUAUUUAAUAUUGGUCUUCUUCUUUUUCUGGUCAUGUUUAUUUAUGCAAUCUUCGGCAUGUCAUUUUUUGCUUAUGUAAGAAAAUCAGCUGGUAUAACAGAUUUGUUUAAUUUUGAAACAUUUCCUAAUUCAAUGAUUGUACUUUUUCAAAUGUGUACAACUGCUGGUUGGUCUGGUGUUUUCCAAGCAUUAACAAACGAUCAACCACCAGAUUGUGAUCCAACAAUUAAAUUACCAUCACAUAAAGGUGAUUGUGGUGAUAGGAUUAUUGCAAUACCAUUUCUUGUGAGUUAUGUAAUAAUUACUUCUUUCGUUAUGGUAAAUAUGUAUAUUGCAGUAAUAUUAGAAAAUUUUUCUCAAGCACACGAAGAUGUAAAACAAGGCUUAACCCAUGAUGAUUAUGAUAUGUAUUAUGAAAAAUGGCAAUGUUUAGAUCCAUUAGGUUCACAAUUUAUACGAUAUAAUCAAUUAUCAGAUUUUGUUGAUUGUCUUGAGUCACCAUUACGUAUUCCUAAACCAAAUCAUUUAAUACUUGUUUCGUUGGAUUUACCAAUAUGUGAACACGAUCUUAUCCAUUGUGUUGAUAUACUUGAUGGUCUUACAAAAUAUUUUCUUGGUACACUUCAUUUACCAGUAUCAAAUACUGAAGCUGAGACACCAAUUGAUAUAAAAAAAGAUCGUUCAAAAGAUUAUCAUCCGAUAACAACAACACUACAACGUCAACGUGAUAUUUAUUUAAGUCGAAUGGGUUUAAAAGGUUUUCGUACUAAUGUUGAACGACGUCGAAAUGAACGACAAAAUCGAGAACAAAUACUUGCAGAAACUAAAAUUAAUCAAUUUGUUGAGUCAAAUGAUUUAAAAACAUCAAAAUUAGUAUCAAACGAUAAUCAAAAAGAUGAAACGAAUAGAACAAUAUUCAUAUCACUUUAA